AUGAAAAUUAAACAUUACCCUGGAAAAGCGGUCAUGGAGGACCCGUGGCUUUCAAUCAACGAUAGAACUAUGGACCUUGUUUAUGCAGCCAAUUGGGUUGGAGCCAAUAAUUUAAACAAUCAUAAGGAAGAAUACAGCCAGGAUAGUCAAUCCAGAUUUAAUUCGAUAUCUAGAAGCAAAUCAUGUAGAGAUAUUGGUAGAAAUUCAAAUAAAGAUGACGGUGAAUUACAUGCAUACCAUGAGCAAGAAUACAAUCACAAUCAAUGCACUAACAAUGAAAAUAUAUCUCAAUUAGCAAAAUAUCAACAAGUUAUAGAAGAAAAAGCACGGACAAAUGACAAUUUCCUCAUACAAAAUAAAAUUAAACAUAGCUAUAGUUUUAAAGAUAUGCCAAAUGGAUAUAAACCUUCAACAUUAAGACGGGUUAAAAGACGCAACUUUACUGAAUGGGAUAUUGAAGCGUUUGGUCCAAAUGAUCGUCAAGCUCCUGUUCCACCUCAACGAAAAGACUCACAUAAAUAUUCACAUCGUCAAAGGAAACCUGACUCAAAAAAAAAUGGUUACCCCCUCCCAGACCCUGGGCCAUUGCCCCCUGAUCCAUCAUCAGAAUCAUAUUAUGAAUAUUACUCCAGAGUUAGUCAACAAAAUAAUGACACUGAUAGUGAUAAAAUUAAACUAAUGCAAAAAGAACCAAAGAAAGAUAGUGGAAAUUCAAAAUCAUAUGGAUCAGCGCGUGGGUAUGGAAAUGAUACGAUGUAUCAAAUAAUUAAUUCAAUGGCAACCUUAGAUUUAACACCUAUAAAAUCUAGAGCGGGAAGUAAAAACCUCGACACGGAUAGCGAAGCGGAAGAUUUGGGUUUAUAUAUGCAUCCUAUUAAUGAAUCGUUAUCUACAUGCGAGCAACUUCCUGAGCGUAAUACACAACCUGAGAACGUUAGGAACGGACGUAUGGACGAUGUGCGACCUAAUUUUCGUUCCAAAUCCAUGAGAGUGAAAAGUGAGGGACGCACGCCUCUCCGGGCAUAUCUUGAUACGGUUGAAGAUGAAACCAAAGCAUAUAAUGGUGUUACCGUCACUCAACCGAAAAGGAAUUUAUCACCAAGCGAACAGCUGACGCUAAUGCAGCAAAACAUGUAUCAAGAAAGCCAACUAGCACCUGUCCCUGCCACCGGUAACGGAUUUCACUCCAUGGAUUUAGGAAAAGAAAGCGAUUAUCGGACUAAUAACAGUGUGUCUAGACAAAUUAAAGUCGAUAAAUAUGGGAAGUUAUACAAUACGGUGAGAGUGAAAAGUGACGAUAGAUACAAUAGAUAUAAUGACAUUCUGUCAUUUUCAUCUCGCGAUCGUAUUAGUGAAGAUCGUGUGACUAAUGGUGUGUAUUCAAGAAGUGCUAAAAGUUCCUCUAGUGGGUCCGAUUCAGACUUUUCGAUUCCUCGACCGAAACUCAUAGUUCCCGUUCACACUUAUGGCACUCGAAAACGAAGAACCGGAAAUCUCUGUCAAAGAGAGAGUAAUGCGACGGAAUCAUCUUUAGAUGCUGGUAUAUUACUUGAUGUUACACGCUUAGAAGACAAAUCCUCGGAAAGUCAAAGAAAUGCAGAUUCAGAGGGAAGAGUGGAAGUAUCACGGGAGAACAAAUACCUUAGCACUAUGGCACCAGGCAAGGUAUUCGGAGAACUGGCAAUACUAUACAAUUGCAAGAGAACUGCCACCAUCAAAGCCGCUACCGACUGCAGGCUCUGGGCCAUCGAGCGCCAAUGCUUCCAGACAAUUAUGAUGAGAACUGGUCUCAUCAGACAGGCUGAAUACACUGACUUCCUUAAGAGUGUACCCAUCUUCAAAAACCUUCCCGAAGACACCCUUAUCAAAAUAUCAGAUGUAUUGGAAGAAACACACUACCAAAAUGGCGACUACAUUAUUAGACAGGGAGCUAGGGGUGAUACCUUCUUCAUCAUAUCAAAGGGACAAGUCAAGGUAACACAGAAGCAGCCAAAUAGCAACGAUGAAAAAUUCAUAAGAACUCUAACGAAAGGUGAUUUCUUUGGGGAAAAGGCCUUGCAAGGAGAUGACCUCCGAACAGCAAACAUAGUGUGUGACUCCCCAGAUGGCACCACAUGCUUAGUAAUAGACCGGGAGACCUUCAACCAGCUUAUCUCGACGCUCGAUGAAAUACGCACCAAGUACAAGGAUGUUGGCGAUGACAGGCAGAGGCUUAAUGAAGAGUUCGCAAACUUGCGGCUAUCAGACCUCCGCAUCAUAGCUACCUUGGGUAUUGGUGGUUUUGGUCGGGUGGAGCUUGUCCAAAUCCAAGGAGAUUCCAGCCGAUCCUUCGCCCUGAAACAAAUGAAGAAAGCCCAAAUCGUUGAAACCAGACAACAACAGCAUAUAAUGUCGGAGAAAGAAAUCAUGUCCGAGAUGAACUGCGAAUUUAUUGUGAAGCUUUAUAAGACGUUUAAGGAUAGAAAGUAUCUGUAUAUGCUAAUGGAGACAUGCCUUGGUGGAGAAUUGUGGACAAUCUUGAGAGAUAGAGGACAAUUCGAUGAUUCCACUACUAGAUUCUACACAGCUUGUGUGGUUGAAGCGUUCCACUAUUUACAUUCUAGAAAUAUAAUCUAUAGGGAUCUUAAACCAGAGAACUUACUGCUUGACUCCAAAGGCUACGUGAAGCUAGUGGACUUUGGUUUUUCGAAGAAACUACAAGCGAGCCGAAAAACUUGGACUUUCUGUGGAACGCCGGAAUACGUUGCUCCAGAAGUCAUUAUGAACAGAGGACACGAUAUUAGUGCAGACUAUUGGUCCUUGGGGGUGCUCAUGUUCGAAUUAUUGACUGGAUCUCCACCAUUCACUGGUGCAGAUCCAAUGAAGACAUACAAUAAGAUCCUGAAAGGUAUUGAUGCGGUUGAAUUCCCGAGGUCAAUCACACGCAACGCAGCCAACCUUAUCAAGAAACUUUGUAGAGACAACCCUGCGGAGAGACUCGGUUACCAACGAGGAGGCAUUACUGAAAUACAAAAGCACAAAUGGUUCGAUGGUUUCAACUGGGAAGGUCUAGCACAACGCACUUUAGACCCCCCGAUUACUCCUGUUGUCAAGUCCGCGGUAGACACACACAACUUUGAUCAGUAUCCUCCAGAUGCAGACGAACCACCGCCAGAUGAUCUGUCAGGUUGGGACAGCACCUUCUAA